AAACAAAACUCAACGAAACUUGCAAUUUUGUUAUCACCAAAAAAAAAAAAGAGCAAACACAAUGGCUUUGGCUCUCAGGUUCUUAACAUGCCUCGUUUUGACGGUCUGCAUAGUUGCAUCAGCCGAUGCAGCAAUCUCGUGUGGCACUGUGGCAACUAGCUUGGCUCCAUGUGCCAACUACCUAUCAAAAGGUGGAGAGGUACCAGUUCCAUGUUGCGGAGGAGUGAAAAGUUUGAUCAGUAUGGCUCAAACUACACCAGACCGCCAACAAGCAUGCCGAUGCCUACAGUCAACUGCAAAGGGCAUGUCUGGUCUCGACCCGAGUCUAGCCUCUGGCCUUCCUGGAAAGUGCGGUGUUAGCAUUCCCUACCCCAUCUCCAUGAGCACUAACUGCGAUAACGUCAAGUGAUGUACAUCUAUCAGCACUUGUAUGAAGAAUUGAAGAUUAUGGUUUAGCAUAAGUAAAAUAAAAGACGUCUAUAUAUGGACGCUGAUCUCACCGUGCCUUUUUUCUUGUGGCUUUGUAAUCCUUCGUACUCUUAAUAUGUUUAAGAUAUGAAAAAAAAAUAAAAGAAUGAUGAUCGUAUAAUCCUCUUUGUUUUUUUAUAUUUUUCCAAAACC